AUGGCAGGAACAAAACUCCUCUGGUUUGCCUGUCUCUGUGUUGCGGGGAUGUGUGUGGUCACAGCCCAGUCAUCCAGAUCCAAAUCAAAAGCUGCCAAAGGUAAAGACAAUUUGAGAAAUGAGAUUGACAAGCUGUGGCGGGAAGUAAACUUGCUUAAGGAAACACAGGCACUGCAGACUGUCUGCUUGAAAGGGACAAAAGUUCACAAGAAGUGUUACCUGGCAUCCAAAGGCAGAAAGAGCUUCCACGCCGCCAAUGAAGACUGCAUCGCCCAAGGAGGAACCUUGAGCGUCCCCCGUGACAGUGACGAGAACAACUCUCUCCGCAGCUAUGCCAAGAAGAGCCUGAGCGGGGCUAGAGACUUCUGGAUUGGAGUCAACGACAUGACUUCCGAGGGCAAGUUUGUCGAUGUGAAUGGAAUGGGGAUUAGCUACUUUAACUGGGACCGUAACGAGCCACGUGGCGGGUCCAGGGAGAACUGCGCUGCAACAUCCAUUGGCGGCCAAGGCAAAUGGUCGGAUGAAGUGUGCCGUAAUGAGAAGAGCUAUAUCUGUGAAUACCUCAUUCCCUAA